AAGACAAGACCAUUUACCAGCUUUCCCCAACAAGAUAAGCAAAGCAACUCAGACAUGAACCUUGGUACCAUAUUGCCAUGUAUAACCAACAAGAUAACCUUUGCAAUUGCAUUCGCAUAAAGAAGCAUGUCUCUCAGCCUCAUACACCAUAAAUCCCUUCCUUCUUCUUCUUGCCUCUUCUACCUUCACCCUUCCACUUCACACCCCACUCACACUCUUUCAAAACCCUUCUUCUUCUUACACUCCAAAACCCCAACAUCAUCACUCUCUCUAUGUGCAUCCCCAUCUAAUGUCCCUCACUCUUCAACAACCCGCAUUUUCCUGCCACAUCUCCAACAACAACAAGAACAAACAGAAGAUGAAGAAGAAGAAGACAUAGAAGUAACAGAAGAAGAAGGCCAUGACCCAGAUGAUGAAGUCUACGAAUUUUUCAAAAUUGGCAAUUGGGUUUCCUCCAAAGAGCCUCAAAAUGAAGAAAAAUUGUACCAUGAGAAAAAUCAGCACAUCUCGUGGAACUUGGUCACUGACACCAACAACCUUGAUGAAGAACGUGGAAUGGGUUUGGAGGACAUUCUUUUGUUUUUGGAGGAGAAAGAAGAAAUGGGGUAUUGUGAAAAUAGGAAAUUGCCUGAGGCUGAAGGCAUUGUGGGGGAAAUUGUUCAGCUUUCACGGAACUUGCCUCAAAAUCUAACUCUGGAGGAAGCCUUGGAUGAGUAUGAAGGAAGGGUCAGUGAGAAAGAGUGCUGGGAGGUUCUGGAAAUACUUGGGGAGGACCAGCUUCUGUUGCGUUGUUUGUGUUUCUUUCAGUGGAUGAGGUUGCACGAACCUUCACUUGUUACUCCUCAGGCUUGUACUGUGUUAUUUCCUGUGUUGGGAAAAGGAGGGAUGGGUGAUAAGUUGAUGGAUUUGUUCAGAAACUUACCAUCUAGCAAGGAGUUCAGAGAUGUUCAUGUUUAUAAUGCCACAAUUUCAGGUCUUAUGUCUAGUGGCAGGUAUGAAGAUGCUUGGAAGGUGUAUGAGUCAAUGGAAACAGAGAAUAUUCAACCAGAUCAUGUGACAUGUUCUAUUAUGAUUACCGUUAUGAGAGAACUUGGCCAUAGUGCAAAAGAUGCAUGGGAGUUUUUUGAGAAAAUGAACAGAAAAGGAGUUGGAUGGACUGAGGAAGUCCUAGGUGCAUUAAUGAAGUCAUUUUGUGUUGAGGGUCUGAUGAGGGGAGCUCUCAUCAUCCAAUCUGAAAUGGAGAAAAAAGGUGUUUCUUCAAAUGUAAAUGUGUACAACACUCUGAUGGAUGCAUACUGUAAAUCCAACCAUAUAGAAGAAGCUGAAGGCCUUUUUGUUGAGAUGAAAGCUAAAGGGAUUAAGCCCACUACAGCUUCCUUCAACAUUCUAAUGCACGCAUACAGCAGAAGAAUGCAGCCUAAGAUUGUAGAGAAGCUGCUGGCAGAAAUGCAGGAUGUUGGCUUGAAGCCAAAUGCUGAAUCAUAUACUAGUCUAAUUAGUGCAUAUGGUAGGCAAAAAAAGAUGAGUGAAAUGGCUGCAGAUGCAUUCUUGAAGAUGAAGAAAGUUGGUAUAAAACCCACUUCAAAUUCUUAUACAGCACUGAUCCAUGCUUAUUCAGUUAGUGGCUUGCAUGAGAAAGCUUACAUGGCAUUUAAAAACAUGCAGAGGGAAGGUAUUAAACCUUCCAUAGAAACCUACACUACUUUACUAGAUGCGUUUAGGCGUGCAGGUGAUGCCCAGACAUUGAUGAAAAUAUGGAGAUUGAUGAUGAGUAAAAAAGUUGAAGGAACGCGUGCAACAUUUAACAUUCUUGUUGAUGGUUUUGCUAAACAAGGUCUCUACAUGGAAGCAAGAGAUGUCAUAUCUCAAUUUGGGAAGCUUGGAUUGCACCCCACAGUGAUGACUUAUAAUAUGCUGAUGAAUGCAUAUGCACGAGGAGGGCAACCCUCAAAGCUGCCACAACUGUUGAAAGAGAUGGCAGUUCUUAAAUUAAAACCAGAUUCUGUAACUUAUUCAACCAUGAUAUUUGCCUUUGUUCGAGUUAAAGAUUUUAAACGAGCGGUUUUUUAUCACAAGCAGAUGGUCAAGAGUAGGCAGAUGAUGGACUUUAGUUUGUACCAGAAGCUUCAUGCUAUUGUGGAUGUCAAAGCUUCCGCAAAAAACAAGGAUAGGAGUGCCUUGCUUGCUAUGAUUGAAAGUAAGAUGGGUGUGAAAGUGAGAGGUCAAAAAGAUGAGUUUUGGAAGUACAAGAAAAGGCAUGUAAGAGAAACAUAGUUCUGAUAUUAGUGUAUAGUAAGUUAAGGAUACGUUGCCCCUUUAAGAAUUGUAAGUUCAAUUUUGAUCCACUUUUGAUUUCUCUGAAUGGAUACUAUCAGGAGCUUCUUGAUGUUAAAUGUAAAGAAUAGAUGUCUUCAUUGGGAGUGUUCAUCCUGUGAACAUUGAUAAAUGAAACAAAUUAAUAUAGCAAUAGAUACGUUUCGUGGUU